AAUUCCCUCACUGGUUUGUAGAUGGUGCUGGCGGCAGCAACGGUGGUGCCUCCUUUCUUUUUAUGUCCCUACUUACCCACCCCCUAUUUCUUUCUUACUUUGCUGGCACAUCCUCAAUAUUGAUGACAAUACCUUGCCUAAGAUCUUUCACCAAAUGUUUGGGCCUUCAAGAUGUUCUGGUGGUUAAGGGACAAGGUUUAUCUCGGUCACUGCUAGAAAAACAUCCACCACCAGACCAGCAGGAAGACCCAGAGCUGACUCCAAAUUUUGAAGAAGGAUCCAGGUAUCAGUCGGUGAAAUCCAGCCCUAGCCUGAGUAAUGUAUCACUGAAGGAAGGCUCUCACAACUUUACACGCACCUUAACUGGUAACACAACAGACAGAAGCAGUGUUGAUGAUCCUUUCUGGGGCAACGAUGAAUCGGAAAGAAAAGCUGCUGGUAAAAUCCAAGUUUUGUUCAAUGAAAUCAAUGAGAUACUCUAUGAACAACAGAGACCCAUUGGUUCGUCUGACAUGUACCAUGAGUGUGAAGAAUGGAGCUUGCAAUUCCCACAUCUCAGAGUACUUGGUCAACAAAUAUUUCCAUCAGAGGAGCAGGGGUAUGAUGCAGUACCACGCCUGCCUUACCAUGCAACAUCUUCUGCCCAUCUCAUUGAAGAUGACCUGUCUUUUUCCAAUAGUUUCACACCUCUUGACUCAGAUCUUCAGUUGUUGAAUAUCACUGGUAAAUCUGCAGAACGCCUCAAAUCACAGUCUCAGACAUACAGUGGGUCGCCAAGGGAAACGAGCAGCUCACAAUCGGACCAAACUGAUGCUUUUGAGGAAAUAAUUGAAAAAGAUGGAAAUGUUGAGGAGAUCAUUGCAAUAGACUACCCAGAGAGAAUAGACACUCUUCCUGAUGGACAGAGACACUGCCCAAAAUCAAGCCACUGUUAUCGAACUGGUUACCCUCCCAUUACACCUCUAGCUUGUGUUCGAGAAAAUAUUGCCAGUGCAAUGUUUGACUACACGUGGAAUGAGGUAUUGGUCUGGAUGAAAACUUUGCUCAGCAUGUACUUUGAAUAUGUCAGAGGUGUUGAGAAGUCCAUUCUUCUUCCUUUACCUACCUAUCGAGCUGAGAUUCACAACAUUUCUAGAGAAGCAUCAAGUAUGUAUAAUUAUCAAAAGGUGAGUCUGCCAACAAGGACACCAUCGUUUAUUACUAGUUCUGCCAGCUGGAAACCACAGUCUCUUGAUGGUAUUCUUACUGUGAAACAGAAGGACAUAGUUGAGAGACCAGGUGCCAUAUUGCAUGAUGGUUCUGACAUAAGUUUACCAACACCAAACUCUGUGGGCAGCAACUUCCCUUCACAAAACUUUAAAAUGUCGCGUCCAGGCAGUGUAAAAUACAACCGGUUGAUAAAACCUUUGCGCCUAGCCCCUCUCCACAAUGUUCAGGAAAGAUCAAGAACACCUUGCAUGGAUGAAGAGGUUUUGAAAGUGACAAAACUGAUGCCAGCAGGUAGUGAGAGUCUAUCUUCUCCUCCAAGUCUUUUAGGGUUUCGUAACGGAUGUCUUCCACCUAUUUGCUCGACAGUUUCCCUUGAGACACCUGUAGGCCGUCCUCAGCGGUAUGUGGGGGGUUCUAACAACAAUCGUAUCAGCAGUGCAGUUGGAGACAAAGACACGAGAAGUGGAUCCUUCCUUCAUAGGGAGAAAUCAGCCCUCUCUGCUGAGGGACGGCCAAACACAACACAUGCCAUGGCUCGGUCUGAGACACCAUUCAGUACAUUGUUGAUGCGUCGGUCCUCUACACCUCCUUGGCAACAGACUCUUAAUUCCAACAGAGGGCAUUCACUAAUAGGUGGUCAAAAUGUAACUUUAGGAAUCAGUGGCAAUAGCCUACAGCCUUUUGUCAGUGGAGAUAUCCAUUCACAUAUGUCUUUACCCCAAGAAGAUAUACCUGAAGCAGAUGAACUCCACCCAGAAAUUAUUUGUUCUCCAUGGGCCCCAGCUACAACCACUAACAAACCCUUGCGGAGAAAUCAACAGUACAGCACUACAGUUCAAUCCUGAUGCUUGCAAUUCAGGGCACUUACAACUCCAGGGACAUCAUCAAACCAACAGCAACAUUUGUGGGGAUGAAGAUCCAAAGCUUAUGUUGCUUACAUCAUUCUCCAACUAUUGUAACUUUCAACAAAAUGUACAGAGUUUUUGUGGGGUUUUUUUUAUCUAUCUUUGUCUCUUUUUUUUAAAGAGAAACUUUUUGAUUAAAUCAAUAACAACGACAACAAGUAAAUACAGAGCCCAUACUGCAGCAACUAAUCAUAACCAUCACUGAAGCAAUUCAUUUUUUUUUCUUGCUCUAUAUUUUUACAAACAUCUUCAGAACCAUUGUCUCCGUCCAACAUACACACACAAAGGCACAUGUACCUGUGUAUCUAUAUGUAUAUACAUUUAAGUGUGUGUGUGUGUGUGUGUAUAUAUAUUAGUGUAUGUGUCC